AUGUCCUACUAUGAGCAUAUUGUGUUUGACUAUGACAUAAACUACACUGGUUCUGGCGACUUGGGGGUGGCCCUGGAGGACCGUCUGACCCCUGACCUUCAGAGAGUGUUCCUUCCUGUGGUCUACGGCUUCAUCUUUGUCCUGGGCAUCACUGGGAACGGCCUGGUAUUGAUGGUGCUUGGCUGCCAGCGCAGGUCCAAACUGAGUCUGACAGACCGCUACCGGCUGCACCUCUCUGCUGCCGAUCUUCUCUUUGUGCUGGUGCUCCCGUUCUGGGCAGCGGAUGCCGCGGUGACGGACUGGCGUUUCGGAUUAGGCACCUGUGAGGCCAUGCACGUCAUCUACACGGUCAACCUGUAUAGGAGUGUGCUCAUCCUGGCCUUCAUCAGUCUGAACCGCUACCUAGCAGUGGUCAAAGCAACAGACACUCACGCCUCACGCACGAGGCAGCUACUGGCACGUAGACUGGUGUAUGUAGGAUCCUGGUUGCCUGUGGCUCUCUUGGCAGUGUCAGACAUAGUGUUUGCCAGGACUUGGGAAGCAGGAAAUGGGGUGAUUGUAAGCCAGCGCUUAUACCCAACUGACAACGCUCCUCUCUGGGUGUCGUUGUUCCACCUGCAGCUGGUGUUGGUGGGUUUGGUGGCACGGCCGUAUGGUGCUGGCAUCACUGUGAAUGUCCUCAUGCGCCUAGAGGUCCUUCCCAGAGGCUGUAGUCUGGAGGUGGUGCUGGGUGUGUGGCUAGCGGUGGCUGAACCAAUGGCAUUUGCCCACUGUUGUCUAAACCCAGUGCUGUAUGCCUUCCUGGGGGCGGACUUCCAGAGGUCCACCAGGCAGGCGGACGCGACGCUUGGUAGCGUUGUCUCCAGUCUGAAGAUUCCACCUCCUAGACGCCCAGGAACCUCUACUACCACAGAGUCUGAGUCAUUUAAUCUACACUCCAGCUAA